UGUGACCACACCUCAACACGCAAAUCGUACCGGUACGAACGGUGACCACGCACGCAAACCCACUCCUUCGAGAAGCCCAGCCAGGCCAUGGUGGUUACCGUUGAGAAGGACGCGACGGGCGAGCCCGCGCUGCUGCUGCUGCUGGAGCGCAGCCGGGCGAUCACCCUGCAGGGCCGUGACCGCAACGGCCGUGCCGUCGUCAGGAUCGUCGGCAACUACUUCCCAGCGCGCGCGCUGGGCGGCGGCGGGCGGGCGGAGGAGGCGCUGCGGUCGUACCUGCGGGACCGCGUGCUCCCGGAGAUCGGCGGCCGGGAGUUCGUGGUGGUGUACAUGCACUCCCGCGUGGACCGCGGCCACAACUUCCCCGGCGUCGGCGCGAUCCGCGGCGCGUACGAGUCGCUGCCGGCCGAGGCCAAGGAGCGGCUGCGCGCCGUCUACUUCGUGCACCCGGCGCUCCGGUCCAGGCUCUUCUUCGCCACCUUCGGGCGCUUCCUCUUCAGCUCCGGGUUGUAUGAGAAGCUGCGAUACAUGAGCCGGCUGGACUAUGUGUGGGCGCACAUAGACAAGGGGCAGCUGGAGGUCCCGGACUGCGUGCGCGAGCACGACGACGAGCUGGAGCGCCGCCCGCUGAUGGACUACGGCAUCGAGGCGACGGAGAGCCGCUGCAUGUAUGACGCCGCGUCCAUGGACAGCUCGGCGUCCCUGCACUCGCUCCGCUGCGUCUCCUAGUCGCCUGGACAGUGGCAUCCGGAACGGCGUGCUUCUGUGGUCUGGUUGGUAGGAGGUCGCUGCCUGGCUUCAUAGAGCUUCGGUACCGUAGUUUAGCUGUGUAUUUAAGUAUAUAGUAUUAGUGUAAAAAAGGAUAAAGAGAUCCAAAUGUUCUGUGGACUCACGAGAUGACUUCUGCAAGUGUGCAAGAGUAACAUGGAAAAGCUGAUCAAAGAACGCGACCAUCGGUACUA